UCUAUCACUGCACUGCUUCCACAGCCCAGGGCUGACUCCUACACGCAGGGAGAGCGGUGCAGACAAAAAGCGCGCUGUAGGGUUUCUUGUCCCCGCUCGGCUUCCGUAGUGUUGCGGCUGGGUACAGUGGGUCCUGGCAGGUGUCUGUAGAGAGUUACUGAUCAGCUCUCAUCUCGCCUCCUCUAACCCCGACCUCAGGGCUCGUCCGUGACGUCACCGCACCCUGCCUGUGUCUGACAAUCCCAAAGUGCAAAGAUAUUGUGGAAGAAGCUGCUACAUUAGAAAGUAAACACAAGAUAAUAGCUACAUAACCAGUGAUGGCAUCUGCUGUGGUGAGCCUGGUUCCUACCACUACAUCUCGCUUUGCCAUUCUGCAAGUAGACAGUAGCAGUGACUCAGACUCUGAGAAGACCAGAGGAACACGAGGCACAGGAAAGUCCCGUCCUGUGUCUGGGGCAAGUGGGAAAUCCAGCAGCAAUGAAAAGAAGAGAGAAAAGAGGAGGAAAAAGAAAGAACAGCAGCACAGUGAGGCUAACGAGCUGAGGAAUCUUGCUUUUAAGAAGAUUCCCCAGAGAUCAUCUCAGAUCACUGGUAUGGUCCAGCAGGAGCAGAUGGCAAAUAGCUUACCAAAAGAUGCUCAAGAAGAAGACUGGCAACAGUGGCGGCAAAGAGAUGAGCAGCUUACAUCUGAUAUGUUUGAAGCUGAUCUGGAGAAGGCCUUAAUGAUGAGUAAACUGGAAUAUGAGGAGCUCAAAAAGGAUCCCGACAGUGGAGGAAAUGGAUCACCUCAAUCAAAAAGAGUUAUUAAAAAAGAUAAAAGACGGAAUAACCAGGGAAAAGAUAAACCGCUCACCGUUUCACUGAAGGACUUCCAAUCUGAAGAACAACAUACCAAAAAAACAGAGGAUACAAAAUCUUCUCCUGUGUUACCUCAAGACCGUGGAUUUUUCAAUAAGUUGGAAGAAGAUGUGAGCAAAAUAAUUUUGAAGGAAAAAAGAAAAGAACAAAACUUCUUCCACGAUUCAGCUGGAAACUCUAUUUCUUCAGAACACAUUGCGGAACCUGUACUCAAAGAUGGAAAAACAGAGUUGCUAAAACUUGAAAUAGAGAAGAAAGACACAGACAUACAGCAGCUAAGGCUUGUUAUUUCUCAGUGGGAGGUAAAAUACAAAGAAGUGAAAGCACGAAAUGCACAGCUUCUUAAAAUGUUGCAAGAAGGUGAAAUGAAAGACAAAGCAGAAAUACUUCUGCAGGUGGAUGAAUUGCUCUCUAUUAAAAAUGAAUUGACCUCCCAGGUGACAGCACUGCAUGUUGCAUUGGAACAAGAACGAUCUAAAGUGAAGGUUUUACAAGCAGAGCUAGUAAAAUACCAGGGUGGUAAAAAAGGUAAAAGGUGUUCUGAAUCUGAUCAUGGCAGGUGAUCUUGAACUUCCAAGUUGCCUGAAGAGCUAAAGGAGCAUUUUCUAAAAGCGCUAACUUUUCUGCAGAGUUUAAGUACUGCUGUUGAAAUGCCAUACUUUGUUAGUUUUUCAUGUUAAAUAAAACAUAUUCUUCCAUUUGCA